UUUACGACGCUCAUCAAGACGUGCGGCCGGAGCGGCGGCUGGGACAAGGCGCUCGAGCUGUACCAGGCGAUGAAGAGCAGGGGCGUGGCGGCGAACACCAUCACGUGCUCAGCGCUCAUCAACGCUUGCGGCAAGAGCAAGCAAUGGGAGAAGGCGCUGGACGUCUUCCGGGAGAUGAAAGCGGACGGCGUCGAGGCGAACAUCUUCACCUACUCGGCGCUCAUAUCCGCCUGCGCCAAGGGCAGACAGCUGGACAAGGCCCUCGAGGUGUUUCGCGAGUGCCAGGUAUCGGGGGUUGAACCCGACGCCAUCACGUACGGGACGGUCAUCGCCGCGUGCGAAAAGGGCAAGCGGUGCGACGAGGCGCUUGACAUUUUCCGACAGAUGCGUGCCAAAAACGUCGACGCGAACGUCAUCACGUACAACUCCGUGCUCAGCGCGUGCGACAGGGCGGGACGCGCCGACGACGCCCUCGACAUCUUCGCUCAAAUGCGCAAAGAGGGGGUCAAACCGGAUAAGCACUCG